AAAAAAAAAAAAAAUCGGGUUAGAUUUUAUGGCUUGUGGAUUUAUUGUAAUAAUGUAUGGGUUUUGUUUUUAUUUUAUUGAGUGUCUAAUUUUAGGGUUGUUGGAUUGUGGGUUUUAUGAAUUUAGGGUUUCUAAUUUCAGUUAAUUGAUUUAAUGAGGCCGAUAUUUGAGCAUUCGACUUUUUUUUCUUAAAAUUAGUUUAGGUUUUUGUGGCUUGUGGAUUUAUUGUAUGAUUUUCGGUGUUUGAUUUUUAUUUUACUGGGUGUCGAAUUUUAAGGUUGUUGGAUUGUGGGUUUAUGAAUUUAGGAUUUGUAGUUUCAAUUAAUUGUUGGGUUUUGAGCAAGAUUGUGAAUUUGUUAGUGUUUCUGCUUUAAUCAGAUGUUAUGAUGUAUUUUCCUCGGUCAAUUAUUAGCUAUGUUGAUGAUGUACCUGUGUUGUAUUCUCCAAAAAUACUCUACUUUUGGAGAAUCGGACACACACCCGCGGAUAUUUUUGUAGAGUCCGAGCAAUAUAGAUCAUUAGUACAUCAAAGUAAAAAAGUUUGCUUGUUUCUGUUGAUUUUUUAUGCUCUUUUGUGGUUUGAUUAAUUGUUGAAUGAGUUGAUAUUGAUGGUCAUUGUUUCACAUAGUCUGGCUUAGGGUUUUUUGUGUUGACUAGAUAAUCUGUUGAGUAACUGUAUUUUGGUGUAAAGAAACCUAUGUAAACAAAACUGAAACAUCACUAGAGUUUAUAGAAUUUUAGUAAGAGGAACAAGGACAUACUUUUGCUCUAUGGAAUGGUAAAUGGGCUGCCAGCACAGCCUUCGUGCUGAUGAUAAAUACAUAUUUACCUUUCUGAAAAUAAGAAGAAAACUGUUUCAUAAAGAAGAGGCUGAUGAUUAAUGCAUUGUUACUUUUCUCAAAAAAAGAAAAAGAAAUGUUGCAUAAAGAGGAACAAAAGUGAUGCUCUUUAGCACACAGUGACGGUGAGCCUUGUUUUUAUACCGUUUCUUUUAGGGAAGGUUGUUCAACUGAUACUAUAGCAGGUCAAUGAUUUUUUCUCAUGAGUUCUAUUAAGUAUUGGAUGUAUACUAGUACAAGUUCUCUAUCUGCAUCCAUAUGAAUCUUUCUAGAAAGUUAUAAGAAAUUUUGAUUCUGGAUAUGUGAAGUACCCAACAGAAAAAAUGAAAUAUUCUAGCAUAUGUUUUGCUUGAAUGGGUUAAAGAAUCUAAAUUAAGAAGAAUGUGGGUAGCUAUAUGCCUAUAUCUUUGAAGUCCUACUACUUUACUGAUUGUGUAAAGAAGUUCAGGAGCAUGGGGUCCUUGACUUUCUAAUAAGUUGGACGGAAGGGAAAUCCAUCUUUCCUGUCCCAACUUCCUUUAAAUUCUGUCAAAAUCACCCUCACCCUCGUGCACGGUCUUGUUGCAGAUGCUAAAAAAUCCUUAGGGGAGUGGGAGAGAUGGAAAAACCUGCUUUCUUUUAUGUUUAUAUUAAAUUUACAUUUUCUUUUCUGAUUUCAACAAGAUGGAUUUGAGAAUGCAACUUGGAAUGUAAAUAUGACGUUCACUUACAAAACAUUAAAGAAAGAAGUGAUAAUAAAACCAUUUAGUCUGUGAAUAUUUACUCAACGAAAAAUGAAACCAUUCAAUAUCUGAAUUAUUGUAAGAGUGCUUGUUGAGCAGUUACAGCUGGCAGAAAAGAAUAGUUGGCUUUUUGCCAAUGGAGAAGCCAACAGAUUCUAGCUUAUUUGUCAAUGAUGGUUCUUUCAUGGAGAGGUUCAAACAGCUCCAACAGGAGAAGGAAAAGGAGAAGGGUACCUCCUUGAAAGAGUCUAAGAAAACCUCCAGUGUAUUGGGAGCUUCAACUCCAAAGGCCGUCAUUAGUAAGCCAAGCUUGCAACUUAAAGCUAAUGCUUCAGGAAAAACUGCUACAGUUGCUUCAGGUGGGAAACUUGCAUUCAGCCUGAAACAGAAGUCCAAAAUAGCUGUGCCUUCUGUUAGGCUAGGUGAAGAUGAGGAUGAUGAGGAUGAAAAAGAUGCUGGGAAUUCUUCAGGAGAUGGGCCAAUUAAACGGCAGAGGACGGAGGAACCUCAUGCUCUGCACCAGCCUCUUAGACAGAUUGAUGUUGCACCAAAUCCCCCAAGUGAUCCAGCAGUGAAGAAAGUUGCAGACAAAUUAGCAAGUUUUGUGGCUAAGAAUGGAAGACAGUUUGAGCAUAUCACACGCCAAAAGAAUCCAGGAGACACACCAUUUAAGUUCUUAUUUGAUGAAAGCUGUCCUGAUUACAAAUACUAUGAAUAUCAACUUAGUGAAGAGGAAAAGGCUCUAUCACAGACCAGCGAAGCUCAAACAUCCCAUAGAGUUACUAGUACUGCUACUCCUAGUUCAACAAGCAGUUCUCAUAGGUCACAUCAGCAGCAUUUGAAUUACCAUACUCCUGCAUCAGCAUUGUAUGGAGCACCAGAUACUAAUACAAGUUCUUCAGAGUUGGCUGGAAAAUCUGGUCAUUCAAGCGGUCCAUCGGGGUCCGAUCCAAUAGCGAUGAUGGAAUAUUACAUGAAGAAAGCUGCAGCAGAAGAGAAGAUGAGGGCACCGAGAUCCUCGAAAGAUGAGAUGCCUCCACCUGCUUCUCUCCAAGUUCCAGGAAAGAAGGGUCAUCAUAUGGGAGACUAUAUUCCACCUGAAGAGCUGGCUAAGUUUUUGUCUACCUGCAAUGAUGCAGCUGCUCGGAAAGCUGCCAUAGAGGCAGCAGAAAGGUCGAAAAUACAAGCUGAUAAUAUUGGCCACAAACUUCUGUCAAAAAUGGGUUGGAGAGAAGGUGAAGGACUAGGGAGCUCUAAAAGUGGUAUUGCAGAUCCAAUCUCGGCUGGCAGUGUAAAAUCAAAUAACUUGGGUGUUGGUGCUAACCAACCAGGUGAGGUCACUCCAGAAGAUGAUAUCUACGAUCAAUAUAAGAAACGGAUGAUGCUAGGCUACAAGUACAGGCCAAAUCCACUGAAUAAUCCGCGAAAAGCAUACUACUGAGGCAAUUUGCGAGCUGGUCGUCUACUCAACCUCUAUAUUGGAGUACUUAGAGUUAUAGUUUUAUUCAGGAAGACAAUAGUUGGAAGUUGAUGUUAUUCUGGUCUAAAUACUACUGCUACAAGUUUGAAUUCGUUGUAUUUAAAACAUUGAAAUGACGUGUGUUGUGAACUCCAAUAUAUCUUUCACCUUCA